AUGUUCGCCAAAAUUAUGCUCGUUGCUCUGUGCGUGGCUGGCGCCCAGGCUGGUUUGCUGCCCUUCGCUGCUGCACCUGUGCCACUGGCCACCGCUGGAGUUGUGGCACCCUAUGCCUCCAGCUUUAAUGCCCAUCGGAUUAACCAUGCUGUGGCCUUCCCGGUAGCUCCACCAGUCGCACCAGUUGCUCUGGCAGCUCCAGUACCUGCUCCGGUUGCCCUCGCUGCACCACCAAGGGUUGCAUUUGCUGCUCCUGCUUGGGCUCCAGCUCCAGCCUUUGCUGCACCUGCCCCAGUUGCCCUUGCUGCGCCACCAAAGGUAGCCUUUGCGGCUCCUGCUCCUCUCGCUGCACCCUUGGGCUUUGCUGCCCCCGCUCCUCUAGGCUUUGCUGCACCAGCUAGAUUUGGUCUGCCAGCUGCUGCGCCUUUUGCUGCUCCAGUGCCUGCUCCCUUGGCUGUGGGACCUAAGUUCGCGCCUUCGCCUUACUUCUUCUAG